AACAGAUUGUCUCGCUCUCUGGAUUCCUAUCCGCCAUAUUGAGGGCGAAGGAGUCUUCUCUCUGAGGUGUAAGGUCUCAAGUUGGCCGAGGGAGGAGUCUCAGGUGCCACUAGGAGUCAGGCAGUGACUCCCUCGUACCAACCGGCCAGGCCAUACUUCUGGCUACGGCUUCCGACUAAAGUCGCCAUGCCUCGGCAUCAUAAGAACCCACGAGGCCCAGAAAAUAAGUUACGUAUUCAUAUCAGCACUAGGGCUCGAUGCCAGGAGGUUGCACAAAUCUCCAAGGCUCUGCAGGAGACAUCAAUCUCCUCUCAUCCGCUAGUGCCUGCCAGUCCAAAGAAAGUUCCUGUAACUGAUAUGACCAGUAUUCUUGAGGAACCUGAGAGUUUCAGUUUCUCUGGCCUUGCCACCCUAGCCACUUCAUCUAGCAAGUCAGAGGAGGCCUCCACUAGCCAAGAGAAGGAUGAUACUCCAAGUACCUCACAGGCUGAGCCAGUCCGCAAGCUCGAGCCCAUAGAUCUUCUCGAAGAGAAAGUGGCAAUGCUGGUGAAUUUCAUGCUGCUGAAGUAUCAAACGAAAGAGUCAAUGACCAAGGAAGAUAUUUUGAAGACGGUCAUCGAAAAUGAUGAAGACCACUUCACUGAGAUCCUGCUGAGAGCCUCUGAGCGCAUGGAGAUGAUCUUUGGCCUUGAUGUGCAAGAAGUGGAUCCCACCAAUCACCGCUAUGUGCUGCUCAUCAAGUUGGGCCUCACCUAUGAUGGGAUGAUGUGUGAUGAAGAGGGCGUGCCCAAGACCGGCAUUCUCAUUCUCAUCCUAGGAGUCAUUUUCAUGAAAGGUAACCGGGCUACCGAAAAAGAAGUAUGGGAAGUUCUCAAUUUGACCGGCAUUUAUUCAGGAGUGAGGCACUUUGUCUUCGGAGAGCCCAAUCGACUCAUCACUGAAGAUUUUGUGAGAGAAAAUUACCUAGUGUACCAACAAGUGGCAAAUAGCGAUCCUCCACAAUUUGAAUUCAUGUGGGGCCCGAGAGCCCAUGCAGAAACCACCAAAUUGAAAGUUCUUGAAUUCCUAGCCAAGGUUCACGGGACUGACCCAAGUUCUUUCCCAUCUCAGUAUGAGGAGGCCUUGCAGGAUGAGAGAGAGAGAGCACGGCGCAGUAUUGCAGCCAGGGUUAAACCUUCUGCCCUGGCUGCUAUCAAGUUUAGCAGCUUCCCCCACACCUAAGCAAGUCAAGGAUAAUUUCUUCAUGGAUUGUUCUAAGGGACAGUUCGUGUUCAUAAAAUUUAAGUCUUAGGUGUGCUGAAAGGCACAAAACAUAUAUUCCUAUGUAUUCCUAUUUUGUAUGUGUAAUUUGAAAUUUUAUUCUUCCACCCUGGUUCCAUGUUAUACAAAUUCAUUAGUCUUAAAAUCUUCAGAUGUAUGGAUGAAAUUGGUCACACACUACAUUUAAUGUUAUAAUGAGUAUAAUAGUAAGAACUUUGUGGUUUUGUAAAACAAAUUGUGAGACAUACAUCUGGUAUUGUCCUGUUGAGCAAGAUAGCAUGACAUUGCCACAGGCAUUUAUUGGAAAUGUGGAAGAACUUUGCUAUAUUUUGUUGGGACCAAUAGAGAAAAUACAGGUGGAAAUUCCAAGCAUGAUGAAAUCUUUGCUUUCUUCUUUGUUAUAAAAACAUAAUGAAAUUUCCUGCAUUGCUUAGCUCUGUCCAAUGCUUAAUAAAUAUAUCUUAAUAAAGUAA